GCAAGCGCAAGCAACCAACGCCGCCCCCGCUGUCUCCGCCUCUCUCUCUGUGUCUCUGCCUCCCCCGAAUCGCGUCGGCCCCCUCUCCUCGUGUCGCGAAACCCUCGCCAUGGCGGAGGCGACCGAGAACGCCGCCCCCACCCCGACCCCGCCGGCGCCGGCGACCUCGUCCCCGCCUCCCAAGUCGGGGAUCCCGCCGCGGUACGAUCUGGACGCCAAGUGGGACGCGUGCCUCGACCUCUCCAUCCGCCGCGUCGCCUACUCCUCCCUCGCCGGCGCCUUCGCGGGCCUCCUCCUCUUCCGUAGCCCUACUACUCGCUGGGCUUCGGUUGCCCUUGGAGCUGGUGUGGGGAUAGGAGCUGCAUACACUGAAUGCUCAUACUUAUUCAAUGGUGCUCCUCCAAAGUGGUCACCCAAAGUAUGGAAUGUUCCUUCUGCCUACUCUGAAGGGGAGGACAAGUAAUCGCUGCCCGUUGAAUGGUCCAUCUUGAUGGAGUUUUGGAGUAUGCCAUUAAAGUUAGAUGUGACUCACUUCUGAGAUUUGUUUACACUUGUGCAAACCUAUUCCAAUUGUGGUCUGGUGACCGGGAUGCACACUGCAUGAGCUUUGUAAGCUUUGUUGAAAUGACGGCUUGGUGGCCAGGAAUAAGUUUUUCAUCAUGCGAACUAGUUCGCAGCAUGCAUGCGCGUUACAUUGGUGUACGCAUUAUUACUCAAUCCGUUUCGGGUGUGUGCCUUAAGCUUAUCUGUAUGCUUAAGUUCUUCCAGAAUUUUUCUGUACAAAUUUGAGUGAUGAUCGCUCAUUUCACCUUGU